UGAAGCAUGAAAACGAUGGUUGAAUUCUGAGGAAGAGGCUGAUCUCCAGAGACUGACUGAACUGUUCCAGGUUCUUCUGGUUCUGGAAGCGAUUAUGCUUCGAAAAAGUGGAGCCCAAACUAGAAGAUGCUGGUUGGAGAUCCAGCAAUCCCACUGUCUGACCUCUGCUCCAGCACCACCUGAACUCCGUAGACUGCAUUACCCAGCAAGCAGCAGGAGCAGACGGUGCCAGGAAGUGGGCCAGCUGAGCCAGGCCCAGAUCAACAGAAUCUUAAAGGCCAACGAACACAGCCACAUCCUGCCCAGAGGGCCCGCCUCCCAUGAAGUGCUGGGUUUCCAUAGCAACACACUUCCCUCUAACCACCCCAGCGAGGAUCGACGGAGCAGCGCCACCUGCCUGCUGGGUCGGGGCGGGGUUCUGUUCGGUGUGUUUGACGGCCACGGAGGUCCGUCAUGUGCUCAGGCCAUCAGCCAAAGGCUCUUCUACUACUUCACUGUGGCCAUGCUGCCACUGAGAACGCUGCAGGAACUGGACCGGGCCGUGGAGGAGAACCGGGCGGUACCACCGCUGUUGGAGUGGCACAAACACCCCCAGGAUCACAGCAGCCCCGAUGGUGGCGCCAUCUCCUUCCACAGCCUCAGGAACUACUGGCAGGAGAGGCUGGAUGAGGAUGAUGAAGAGGAUAACAUGGAUGAUGGCAGAGUGACAUCAGCUCUGAUGGAUGCGUUCAGACGUCUCGACUAUGAUGUGUCUGUGGAGGCUCAGGUCCACCUGUCCCUGUCCUCACCCAGACGGGUGUCCAUCCCGGGAGAAGGCUUUUCUCUGUCCUCUCCUCUCCGGGUGGCGCUGUCAGGCUCCACUGCUUGUGUUGUUCACGUUUCCAACGGCGUCCUGCAUGUGGCCAACCUGGGGGACAGUCGGGCAGUUCUUGGAGUCCAAAAAGAGGACGGGGGCUGGUCGGCGCUGAGCCUCACCAACGACCACAAUGCCCAGAACCCUGAAGAACUGCAAAGGAUUCUGGGGGAACACCCGGCUUCAGAGAGGAAGACGGUGGUCCGUCAUGACAGGCUGCUGGGCCUGCUGCUACCCUUCAGGGCUUUCGGAGACGUUCGCUUUAAAUGGAGCCCGGACAUGCUCAGUAGACUCUAUGACACACGUCCAGAUGUCCUCUCUGCCAUCAGUGAGUCGGUGCGGACUCUGCCGCCUCAUUACCUGACCCCGCCCUACCUGAGUGCCCAACCUGAGGUCACGCGACACCUCAUGAAGCCUGCAGACAAGUUUCUGGUCCUGGCAACAGAUGGCCUGUGGGAGCUCAUGCACCGGCAGAUGGUGGUCCAGCUGGUUGGAGACCAUGUGGCAGGUCUUCAGCAGCAGAGGCCCAUCAUCCCCAGCGCUGACGCCACCCUUGGCAGCCUGCAGCGCCUCCUGCUGGAGCGGAGGGGCCGAGUCCAGUCGGUCCUGGAGGACCAGAACGCGGCCACCCACCUGCUGCGCCACGCCCUGGGUGACGACGGAUACGGAUCCGUGGACCAGAACCGCCUGGCCCGGAUGCUGAGUCUGCCGGCAGAUCUGGCCCGCAGGUACCGUGAUGACAUCACAAUCACCGUGAUCCACCUGAACGACCUCUGAGGUCAGAUAUAGGUUCCAGCAGAGUUCCAAUGGACACAUCUACAGUCAGCAGCAGUAUCAGAACCAGUGACAGAUCAUGGUUCUGUUCAUGGACUGCUUCAAGUUGCUCUAAUGGUUUCAAAUCAAAGGAGUGAAACAGAACAGAUAAGUCCAAAGUCAGUCAAAGUUCUGCAGAGUGCAUUCACACCAGCUCUUAUUAGUUUGAUUUCAUCAAACUCCAGUCCACUAGUUUAGAAAGUCCAGUUCAGUUGGUGAGGUGUGAAUGCUAAGCUAACUCUGAACUGACUAGAAACCUGGGUCAGGGUUGGACUGAAAGCAUAUUUGAACACCAUUGACUGCUCCAACCGCAAGACAUGGACGACAGCACAGAGAAUUCUGGGUAAAUACAACCAAGCCAGCUAACAGGAGAAAUGACUCGCGGUCUUUAGUUGAAGACUAAAGAGAAAUCCUCCAACAACUAAAAUCUGAUGUCGCUGUUUUAGUUUCCAUUUGGUGAAGAAGGUUGCGCUCAGUGUCUUCGUCGAUGUUGAAGUUUUUGUUUCCAAUCUAAUCGAGUUCACCAGUUUAUCAAGUGUGUAAACGGCCUGAAACAUGCAGGACCACAGUUUGGACGUUGGGUUUGCGCUCUGCUUCCCUCUGGUGGUCAGAACACGAGCUGACCACUCAUGUUCUGACAAUGAUGCUGUCAGAUUCAACAUCGGAUCACCACCUGGACAGUCAGGUAUGAACCAGUGCUGACUGGGAGUACUGGGCCACCCCGUCUGCUGCGGAACCUGAAGUCAGAGAAGAAGACUUCAUCCUGGUAGAGAACAAACCUUUACAGCUCCCCCUGCUGGUUGCGUCUGAGUCAAACUGUUCAAAUAAAACUUUGUGAACUGAAAUUAAUUUGAGUUCAAAUAAUCUCCAGUUGUUUUAGUGGGAGGUCCUUCCUCGGCCUCCAGCCAAUCAGGAGCCAGAAAGACAGACUGCAACAUUUCAGAGAGACAUGAAA